AUGGCGCUGCUGCGAGAUGUGCCUUUCGCCGAGUACAGCACGAAUCCAACAGUCCAGAUGGUCCUCAGAAAUCUGAACAAGUUCCCUUCGAAGACCAGCGCGCCGACGGUUUCCGGAAGCAUCACGGCCCAGACGCUCUUCCGCGGGUCAGGGCCAGGUGAAGAUGUCGGCCCCUACAUCUCUCAGUUCCUGUACAAGUCCUACAACUAUGGGGCCAUGCCCAUAGAACAAAUGUACAACGAGAAUCUCGAUCCGACCAACAUGCUUGACAUGAAUGGUUGGCUCGCAGUGCAGAACGGAGAGGACCCCGGGAGCGUUGUCACCAAAAGGAGGGCCUACACAGCGAGUGGUCGAGUGCUGGGGUCCAUCGUGCACAGCGACCCUGCCUUUCAGUGUUACUAUGCAGCUGCGUUGAUCGCCCUCCAACAAGGUGUUGAGACGGAGGGCUACACAACAAACCAGAUCUCCACAGCGUGGAUGACCACAGGCCCACCCGAUCUCUUCACGUCCGUUGCGCAUGUUGCGGCCGGUGCGCUGCGCACAGCCUGGCUGCAGAAAUGGGGCAUCACCAUGCGUAUCCGACCGGAAGUCUUCGCCCAGCGGUACGAGCUGGCACGCAAGCGUGCCGACCUCCUUGACAAGCGGACUGGGGUUCCAGGGCUGGCAGAGCUGAAAGCACACGUCGAAACAGCUUCUGAGCUCCUGGAGGCUGUGCUGGCGGACAAUAAAGCACGCGUCGGCGAGGAGACUGCGCUGCUCGCCGUCCAAUACCCCGAAGGUUCACCCACGCAUCCGUCCCUUCCGGCCGGCCAUGCCGUCAUAGCUGGGGCUUGCGUGACUGUACUGAAGGCCAUGCUCAAGACCUUCGACGACGAUGCAGCCACCAUUGAGACUAAGUGGGUCGAUAGCGGUCGGACCGCAGUGCACGCUAUCGACGGCACGGCGCUUCUUGACUACACGGCGGCCGAUGCCCGUGAGAUGACAGUCAACGGUGAGCUGAACAAGCUGGCCUCCAAUGUCGCCUUGGGCCGGGAUUUCGCAGGUGUCCACUACCGAGCCGAUGGAGACGGCGGCUUGCGGGUGGGCGAGGAUUAUGCCAUCUCCUACUUGGCGGAGAAGAUACACACAUACAGGGAGGCCAGCAAGAAGUACGACCUAUUUCAGGGAUGGGUCCUCAAGAAGUUCGACGGCUCCGUCGUUGCGAUCACACGCAAGGGCGUUCGACCACUUGGGCACCGGCGGCAUCGGCGAGGCGUCUCGGGGAG